AUGCCUAAAACAUAUAUCUUGAUUUUAGGGUUGGUUCUAUUGACGUUCAAUGCUCCUUAUGCUUAUGCCAUCCGUCGGUUGUUGUGGCGUUCAGUGUACGUCAAAUUGGCAUUAGGAAUGCUUAUAAAUGUUGAACUGAUCACAGAUGAAAAAAUAGAUGAGAAAUCAUUACUGUAUGCUAACAAAGUAAGUUCAUCCUCCUCCUCUGCUACUACAACGUUUGUGGUUGUGGAUACUACCUCCUUGCCAGGGAAGAAGAUAGUGAGAUUUGACAUUCUUGAAAAUGAACGUCGUUGGCUUAUACUUGGCUGGUCCAAAAAUGUGGUAGACAGGCCUCCUUACUCUUAUAAGGCAAAUCCAACCAUUGCAUGUUCGUCUCCCAAUGAUUUUGAACUACCAUCAGAUGCAGAUGAUAUUCACAAGUAUCUGUUUGAAUGGUUAGAUCAACGAUGGAAAGCAUCAAGUUGGGUAUAUACAGAUUCACAUUGGAAGAAACCCGAAAAGACUGAUGGCUUCUAUAAAAAUACUAGGGAACGUAUUUGGAGUCGGAGAGCUUAUUUAAUCACAAAGUAA